AUGGACGCCUCCUCCCUCCGCAUCUCCAAGUUCGAUGGAACUAACUUCCACGCCUGGAAGUUCAAGAUGCAGAUGGUGCUGGAGGAACGGGACCUAUGGGAGGUCGUCAGCGGUGAGAUCAAGGCGGAACAGUGCGAGACUCAGUUGGACCAAGCGACGUACAAGAGGAAGUCAAGAAAGGCGAUGGCAGUGAUCUGUCUAGCCAUGGAAGAUUCCCAGCUACCGUUGGUCCGGUCGGCAAGUGGUGCAUGCGACGCAUGGUCAAGGUUGGAAGACCACUUCGAGAAGAAGAGUCUUGCCAACAAGCUGUUCUUGCGCCGUCGCUUCUUCACGACAAUGAUGGAAGAAGGCGACGAUGUGCUCGAACACAUCAACAAGCUCAAGACGCUGGCGGAACAGCUAGAAGCGGUGGGGGCUCCAGUCUGCGAGGACGAUCUGGUGAUCACACUCCUCGGCAGCCUGAGUGACUCGUAUCAAUUCUUGAUCACAGCUUUGGAGUCGCGCUCAGACACUCUUAGCUGGGAGCUCGUGACGUCUCGACUGCUUCAUGAAGAAAUGAAGCGGAAGGAGCAAGGAAGUAAAGGUGAUGAAGCUUCGCAAGGUCAAGCGUUCAUCACAAGGGACAAUCAGCGCAAAGGGCGACCAGUGAAGAAGUCCUGGCCGUGCCACAAUUGCGGAAAGAUUGGUCACUGGAUGGCGGAGUGUCCCUCGCGCAUCCAAGAAAACACGGAGAGACACCGGCCACAGCGUGCUCAAGACAGCGGCGACCGCUAUCGAUCACAACGUGCAAACGUCGCUCAAGAAGAAGACUCGGGCGACUACCUCUUUUCGAUCGGUGAAACGACAUCUGCGAAAUCGAGCGACAUCUGGCUGGUCGACUCCGGGGCGACGCAGCACAUGACGUGCUCCAAGAAGUUCAUGCGGAACUACAAGGGGUUUGACGCUGUGGAUGUCCAUCUCGCGGAUGAUGGAAUCGUCCAAGCAAUCGGCAGUGGGGACAUUGUCAUGUCGAUGAAGACACCCCAAGGGAUGAAGAAAGGUGUGCUCACAAACGUGUGGCACAUCCCAAAGUUAUCCAGAAACCUGUUCUCGGUCGGCCGCUUCACCAAGGAUGUCGGCCCAGUGACGUUCACGAAGGAUGGGUGCUAUGGAGAAGCGAAAGGGACCAAGUGGAAAAUUGGUGCCCGUGAAGGUAAAGAACUGUUCAAGCUGCAAAUGACUCCAGUGGCGCCGGAACAAGCAAAUGCAGCCAAGUCGUCGGGAUGUCAAGGGGGCACCAAGUCGUACCUCUGGCACCUUCGGCUUGGCCACAUAGGUCAUGAUGGACUCAAUUGCAUCGUGACGAAGAACAUUGGAAUUGGCAUCGACAUAUCUUCGGUGAAGAAGUGGGACGUGUGUGAAGGUUGUGCUCUGGGAAAACAGACUCGAGUGCGCUUCCAAUCAAACACUACAGCUCGCACCUCCAAACUCCUCGAAGUGAUUCACAGCGACGUAUGCGGACCGAUGUCGAUGGCAACUUUCAGUGGAAAACGGUACUUCGUGACAUUCAUUGAUGACAAGUCAAGAUACUGUGUCGUCUAUCUGCUCAAGAGCAAAUCUGAAGUUGCGGCGAAGUUCAUGGAAUACGCUGCGAUGGCCGAAACGCAAACCGGAAAGCGCGUGAAGUACCUUCAAAGCGACAAUGGGGGUGAAUACAAGUCCGACAAGCUGGCACGAUUCUGCGCGGAACGGGGAAUACAACAAAGGUUCACACCCCCAUAUACUCCUCAGCUAAACGGAGUAGCUGAGAGAAUGAAUCGCACGCUGGUCGAGUGUGCGCGUUACAUGAUGGAACACGCUGGACUGGGAAAGAGCUACUGGGGUGAAGCAGUGAUGACGGCGAUGUUUCUUCGAAACCGCUGUCCAACACGUGCCAUUCACCAAGACAAGUCUCCAUAUCAAGUGUGGACGAUGAAGAAACCGAUUCUGGCCAACCUUAAAGUGUUUGGAUGCCACGCGUAUGUUCAAGUGCCUCAAGACAAACGCGCGAAGUUCGACUCCAAGUCAUCACUCUGUCGUUUCCUGGGAUACGCCGAACACCAGAAGUCAUAUCGAUUUGAGGAAGUGUCAACAGGAGCGAUCAAGAUCAGUCGCGAUGCCACAUUCAUGGAAGACAAGUUUGAUGAAGGUCCGCGCAACUACAACGAUGAGUCAAGUGUCGUUGAGUUUGAUGAUCAUGAUGAGGACGAAGAAAAAGAAGAAGGUAAAACUGACGACGACAUGGACUCGAGCGACGAUGACAACGAAGACACCAGGUCUUCGAAGAGCAACAUCAAGAGACACACGCGCACUCAAUCACUUGAGAAAGCUACCGUCAUUCCAAGUCCCAAGCGAAGAACAUACAGAGGUCCGUCGCUUGAGCAUGUGUCAGCGGCUGCAAUGGAUUUUGAAGCAGCCUAA